UGUAGCGCGUUUGGGCGACGCUGCAGCAGUAACGUGUGUCUUUAGUCAGGACUGUAAUCUUUACACACCAGCAUUUUAUAUGGAAAUGUACUGAAGCGGAAGCAAUGGAGCCCAUUCCCGAAACGCCCGAGAGUAAAAAAGUCGACAUUUACAGGGACACAUGGGUUCGGUUUCUGGGAUAUUCCAACGAGGUGGGCGAGUCAUUUCGUGCCCUGGUGCCCGUCAGCCUGGUGUGGGCAAGUUAUGCCCUCGCUACAGCCUACGUGUCUGCUGACGCAGUGGAUAAAGGCAAGAAGGCAGCUGUGGCUCAUGGUGAUGAGCCAGGGAAGACGACGCGUGUAGCUGUGGCCGUCGUGGACACCUUUGUGUGGCAGGCGUUAGCGUCCGUAGCCAUUCCUGGCUUUACCAUCAACCGAGUGUGUGCUGCAUCUCUUUAUUUGCUGGGCAAAACCACGCGGUGGCCUUUACCCGUGCGCAAGUGGACCACCACCGCCAUCGGCCUUUCUACUAUCCCCUUCAUUAUCAAACCCAUCGACAGGUCUGUAGACUUCCUCCUGGACUCCAGCUUAAGGAAGAUAUACGGUGGAGGAGAAAAGCACGAAUGAAGCUGAGGGAGCUGAUGUACAGACAUCCAUGUAAAACCUCAGCAGCAGCAGCAGGGAGAGCUUUCUGUUUCCAUCCUAUCGUUUCACCAUGAAGCACAACCUCAUCGGAUUUCUGGGGGUGUAACGAUACAGCGUACACACACAGUAGUUUGAUAUUAGGCUCUCGAUCUGAAAUAACAAUUCAUUAGAUUGCAUAGGCCGCUUCUGACAUUUGUCAUAAAAUACAUUAAAAUACAGAAUACAGUUAAUCGUCUAAAUUAAUCAAACAAACAUACUAAAUUAUAAUUUCAUUUUUGAAUUUCGGACAAGUAACAUAACACUAAAGGUGAUGGUGGAAAAGAAAUUAUGGCGUAUAAAAAAAUAGAUAAAAUCAUCACGGGUGUAGCUGUAUUACCUUCAGCAGUUAAUAGAAGUUUGUCACAUUCUGAAUAACUUGAGUCUCUUGCACAGGAUCCUGAUUUUUUUUUUUUCUUCUUUUUCGUCAGAUAUAGAGUGCUAGUCAAAAGUUUGGACACACCUUGUAAUUUAAAAUUUUUUGUUUGGUACUAAUUUUUUCUUUAAAGAAUACUGGACAUUUUAAAAACUAUGAAAUAAUAAUAAGGAAAUUACUGCAUAUUUUGGAUGUACAAUGUAGAAAAAAAAUAAAAAUCCAUGGAAUUAGAAGAUGUGUCCAAUUUUUUUCUUUUGACUGGUACUGUAAAGUCAUUUUUAUAUAUUUCGUUAAAUAAAUUUGCAUUUAUUUUUCUAAAAUUUUAUUCAAGUUUUGCUUGGCACAGUCAAGCCAUAUAAGGUUUUUUUCAUGUUUGAUUGAAAAUUGUGAAAGUAAGUGUGUUACGAAAUUUACCUUCAUAGUGAAAAUCAUUGUGUUUUGAACAAUAUCAAAAGCUUAUGAACAAAUUAAAUUUUUAUUUAUUUUUAUUUCACACUCAGGAACACAAAAAGGCCAUGUCACAUCAACCAACAAUAUGCACAUACAGAAAUAAUUGGUGCAUAAUAUUUGUCUAAGUUGUACCUCAAUGCAUUAUAUUGAAUUUUUUAAGAUGGUUUUCAGAGCAGCUUAUUAAGAUGUAAAAGUUUGAUAGUUCACUAUGCAAAUAGACACCAAGCCAUAAGGUGCAAAUAUUUACAUUUUUAGUACAUUUUUAUUUUACAUUCUAACAAAACAGGACUAAAAAGAAAAUUUGUUCUAGCAAAAAGUUGGCUGUGAUGACAAACACAUAAAUAGUGAAUAUUUUUAAUUCUGUAGGUGACUUUAAUUACUUUCUAUUAUCUGCAAAUAUUUACAUAUCUUAUUUGGACUAUACAUGCAUCUAUAACUACUGUGGAACACAAGGGAAUGAGUGUUUAUUUGUUUACAUUUUAUUUUUAGGUUUCUUUUUUUUUUUUUUACCUUCAAGAAAAUUAUGAAAUGUUUUUACGUUAUGGGGCAUCGAAUAUAUCAGUAUGAAAUCUGACAAAGUUAGACGGGUUGGUUUGUUCACACUCAUUUGUUAGCUGUAUUAUAAGAGCAUUUGAGAGUUUUCUUUAAAAGAACUUUGGGGUAAUGCUUUUGUUUUAAAACUAUUUUUAAUAUGUAAUAAAAUGAAAGAAAUGCUGUAUCAAAUUCCACAAUAAAGUGAAUUAUA